AUGUCGCCUUCUCCUGAAGAUGGAAAGGAAUCCAGUGUCCCAGUCGAUGUGCAGAUUACCGAUGUCAACGAUAAUGCUCCAGUAUUCAGUAGACCACUGUAUACAACACAAGUUCGGGAAGAUUUCCCUGUGGGAGAAACGAUACUCCAAGUACGAACCGAAGACAAAGACUCUGGUGACAACGCACGUGUUCACUAUUCAGUAGACAACGACAAUUUUACAAUCAAUGAUAGAGGAGAACUUUCUGCAAAGGUCCACAUCCGAACUGAGAACACAAACGAUGAAGCCCCUGUCUUCUUUCCGACGCGGCACUACACGGCAUACAUAGCGGAAGAUGCUCAAGGAGGAACUCCAGUAGUUCAGAUACAG